AUGGGGAUUUGCCACUCUACGUGCUGCGGGGGACGAGCUCGCGAUGGCCUCUACGAACCCGUCCUCGCCGAUAGCGAGCGGGAAGCUGUCGCCGACCUGCUCCAGUACCUCGAAAAUCGCGGCGAGACGGAUUUCUUUUCGGGCGAACCUCUCCGUGCACUCAGCACUCUAGUCUUUUCCGAGAACAUCGACCUUCAACGCAGCGCAAGUCUUACCUUUGCCGAAAUCACAGAGCGAGAUGUACGAGAAGUCGACCGCGAUACCCUCGAGCCUAUCCUCUUCCUAUUGCAGAGCCCCGAUAUCGAGGUCCAAAGAGCGGCCAGCGCUGCCCUGGGCAACCUAGCUGUCAACACUGAGAACAAGGUUCUGAUUGUCCAGCUAGGCGGCUUGACCCCGCUGAUCCGGCAGAUGCUGUCUCCAAACGUCGAGGUCCAGUGCAAUGCCGUCGGGUGCAUAACCAAUCUCGCAACGCACGAGGAGAACAAGGCAAAGAUUGCGCGAGACAUGAGGGUGCAGAGGAACGCUACGGGUGCCCUCCUCAACAUGACACAUUCCGACGAGAACCGGCAACAGCUCGUUAAUGCUGGCGCCAUUCCGGUCCUCGUUCAGCUCCUCUCGUCGCCCGACGUCGACGUGCAGUACUAUUGUACAACCGCCCUCAGCAACAUCGCCGUCGACGCCAACAACAGACGGAAGCUCGCCUCGUCCGAGCCCAAGUUGGUUCAAUCCCUGGUCAAUCUCAUGGACUCCUCGUCCCCCAAAGUUCAAUGUCAGGCAGCCUUGGCCUUGAGGAACCUCGCGUCCGACGAAAAGUACCAGCUGGACAUUGUGCGGGCCAAUGGUCUUCACCCUCUCCUGCGCCUCCUCCAAUCGUCCUAUCUCCCUCUCAUUCUCUCCGCCGUCGCCUGUAUACGAAACAUCUCUAUUCAUCCAAUGAACGAAUCGCCCAUCAUCGAGGCCAACUUUCUAAAGCCCUUGGUUGACCUCCUCGGAUCGACCGACAAUGAGGAAAUCCAGUGCCACGCCAUUUCGACGCUGCGCAACUUGGCCGCCAGCUCCGACCGCAACAAGGCGCUGGUGCUGGACGCGGGCGCGGUGCAAAAGUGCAAGCAACUGGUGCUCGACGUUCCGGUCACUGUCCAGUCGGAAAUGACCGCUGCCAUUGCGGUCCUCGCGCUGAGCGACGACCUCAAGUCUCAUCUGCUCAACCUCGGCGUCUGCGACGUCUUGAUUCCUCUCACCCACUCUCCCAGCAUCGAAGUCCAAGGCAACAGCGCAGCUGCUCUGGGCAAUCUCUCUUCCAAAGUGGGCGAUUACUCCAUUUUCGUGCAAAACUGGACCGAGCCCAACGGUGGCAUCCACGGCUACCUUGGCCGAUUCUUGCAGUCUGGAGACGCCACCUUUCAGCACAUUGCCGUAUGGACGUUGCUCCAGCUGUUCGAGUCGGAAGACAAGGCGUUGAUCGGGCUCAUUGGCAAGGCGGACGAUAUCAUCGAGCACAUCCGAAACAUAGCGAGUCGUCCGGUCGAGGCGGAGCCGGAUUUCGAGGAAGACGAGGGCGAGGUCGUGAACCUGGCACAGCGGUGCCUGGAGCUCCUCGGACAGAGCAUGUCAAAGGCUCACAUCGAGGGAUAG